CUCGAACAUUGCUUCGACGCAGACAAUUGUCCCUUCCUGCCAUUGCUCCUACCACCGUUGUACCUCUGUCUCGUGACCUGUCCCUUCCGCGUUCCCCCGGAAUUCCCCCUUUGCUUGGGCAAAACGCUCCUCGUCGUCUCUCAACCAGCAUCACCAGCAUUGAUCGGGGUGGAUGGUGUAGGAAGCAUUGGCGCAUUCAUUCCAGUCGAAUUGCCUAAACUCACCCGGGCCCUGUCCCUUCCUGCAAUUCUUCUAACCACUCGACCAUCGACUAUCCUUCAACAUGGCCUCGCGCGCCACGCCCCGACGCCAGCCGAGCCGCAAAGGCUCCAUGGCCGACGUGCCCAAGGACCUGCUCGGUGAGAUCCAACGCCUCGAGGAACUCUUCACCGUCGACACGGCGAAGCUCAAGGCCAUCACCGACCACUUCGUCUCCGAACUCGCCAAAGGCCUAUCCAAGGAGGGUGGCAGCAUCCCCAUGAACCCCACGUGGUGCAUGGGCUACCCCACCGGCCACGAGCAGGGCACCUUCCUCGCCCUCGACAUGGGCGGCACCAACCUGCGCGUCUGCGAGAUCAACCUGCCCGAGGAGGUGGGCGAGUUCGACAUCAUCCAGUCCAAGUACCGCAUGCCCGAGGAGCUCAAGACCGGCACCGGCGAGGAGCUGUGGGGCUACGUGGCCGACUGUCUGCAGCAGUUCAUCGAGUACCACCACGAAGGCGAGAAUCUCGACAACCUGCCCCUCGGCUUCACCUUCUCCUACCCCGCCACCCAGGAGUACAUCAACCACGGCGUGCUGCAGCGCUGGACCAAGGGCUUCGACAUCUCCGGCGUCGAGGGCGAGGAUGUCGUGCCGCAAUUCGAGGCGGCGCUCAAGGAACGCGGCCUGCCCAUCAAGCUCACCGCCCUCAUCAACGACACCACCGGCACCCUGAUAGCUAGCAACUACACCGACCAGGAAAUGCGCAUCGGCUGCAUCUUCGGCACCGGCUGCAACGCCGCCUACAUGGAGCACUGCGGCGAAGUCGGCAAGCUCGCGCACAUGAACCUCGACCCGGACCAGGAGAUCGCUAUUAAUUGCGAAUGGGGUGCCUUCGAUAAUGAGCAUCAAGUCCUCCCGCGCACCCCCUACGACGUCAUCAUCGACAAGGACUCCCCACGCCCCGGCCAACAGACUUUCGAGAAGAUGAUUGCCGGCCUCUACCUCGGCGAGCUCUUCCGUCUCGUCCUCGUCGACCUGCACUCCAAAGCGGACGUCAAAAUCUUCGAAGGCCAAGACAUCUCCAAGCUGCAGAAGCCCUACUCGCUCGAUGCCAGUGUGCUCUCAGACAUCGAGAACGAUCCCUACGAGAAUCUGCAGGAGACGCACGACGCCUUCAAAUCCCAUCUCAGUAUUGAAUGCACCAAGCCGGAGCUGGAACUGAUCCGUCGACUGACCGAGCUCAUUGGCACUCGUUCUGCCCGGUUGAGCGCGUGUGGUGUGGCGGCCAUCUGCAAGAAGAAGGGCUACAAGACGGCGCACGUUGGAGCGGAUGGGAGCGUGUUUAACAAAUAUCCUCACUUCAAGGCUCGCGGCGCACAAGCUCUAAAGGAGAUCCUCGACUGGGAGAAGGACCGCGAAGGCAAGCGGCUCGGACGCGGGCACGAUCCGGUCGAAAUCCUACCCGCUGAAGAUGGUUCGGGCGUGGGUGCUGCGCUCAUUGCUGCGCUCACGCUCAAACGCGUGCAGGAGGGGAAUGUGGUGGGCGUGAGGAAUCCAGACGGCAUGCUUCACGGCGUGCCGAAGGCGAAGAGCUAGCGGUUCUCCGAUCAUCACCCCGUGAAGUCCACCAAGCGAGUCGAAGUCCUGAGUUGAGCCGAACCGCCCUAAUAGACAGCAUCUGCGCAUUCCUGAAUAGCAAAAACG